UGUAUUAUUAUUUGGAGUAUACAUAAAAAAAACCCCUGGAGUAUCUUUUUACUAUAAUAAGCCACUGUAACUGCAAUGCAUCCUUCCUUACAUAGUACCACAGCAUUAAAAUUCUCAAUCAAUAAACAUUUAUUCCGUCUUCUAUUAAACCCCAAAAAAAUACUCCUACUCAUCAUUCAUCAUCACAACACAACACAGAGUGGCUGAAACUGCAAAUUCCUAGUCCCACUUUCCCCUUUCUUUGAUCCAUAUGUGAUAUGUACUUGUCUCAAUUGUCCAAAUAAAUACACACUCCACACAAUCCAAUCCCAAAGAAUAUGGAAGUUCAAGCAUAUGAACAAGAAAAAGAUAAUCUUAUUCUUGAUCUAAGCCUCGAACACGGGUCCAAAUCCAAUAUUCAGACAAGUUCAUCGGAUCGCGAAUCAGGUAAUAAUAAUAAUAACAACAACAACGAAAGUACUGAGCCCCGUGUGUUUUCUUGCAAUUAUUGUCAGAGGAAAUUUUACAGUUCACAGGCACUUGGGGGUCAUCAAAACGCGCAUAAACGUGAGAGAACAAUGGCUAAAAGAGGAGCAAAAUUUAAUGCAUCAGCAGAUUUUGGUUACGACAAAUAUUCAAGCAUGGCUUCAUUACCACUGCAUGGUUCAUUCAAUAGGUCUCUUGGAAUUCAAGUCCAUUCCAUGAUUGACAAGCCUAGUAAAAGCACUUUUGGUGCACCGUUAUACGGACGUCCUGGUUGGUCAAUUAGAAGGCCAAUUGAACAGCAGCCUGCUAUUGGUAGACUCGGGGUGGAGAGUAAUUUUACUAAUAAUUACAACGUGACAGCUGGAACAUCAUCAGGUGGUGGUGCUGCUAGGUUUGAUAACAAUAUCCAAACAUUUCCUAGUGCGCAGGUUGAUGGUAUUUCACCAUACAGAUGGGAUAGUGGUGGUGGUCCUCUUCACACUCCAGAAGAAUUGAAGAAGCUUGACUUGUCUCUCAGACUCUAAAUUAUUUGUACUAGUUAGUAGCAUUAAGUUUUUUUUUUUUUGUACUUUACAUUUUUCGUCCUUGAUUUACUAUUUUCUUUUCAGAUUUCGUACUUAGUAGCAUUGCUGGUCGGUAAAUUAUAGGUCCACUAUUGUAAAUGUUCUUACGGCUGCACUACUCUGCAGACGACUAGUUAAUUCUUAUAAUGUGAUUUCCGAUAA